AUGGCUGCACCUGGCGCCCAGUUCCCUGGUUCCAGUCCCCGCGCUCUCUCCCCUGCUUCCCUGUGCUCACUGUAUGAAGCGCCUUCCACUGCUGAAGGUUCCAUCCAUAGAACGAGAACACACUCCUUCCCCGGGUCAACGUUCCAUCAGCUCAGCCUCCAAUGGCCGGCGAGGGGCUGGAGGAGGAGGAGCUCUGGCUGUAUGGGGGUUCUCCAACUUGUGAUGAAGAAGAUGGCUCCACUCCAAGUCAUAGCAAGUCACCUGAAACUCUUCAGAACACCUCCACAGAGAGUCAAGAUCAGAAAGAAGUAUCACAGAAGGUGUCAAAGAGCUGCAGUGACGACGAUGACGAGGAUAGUGACACAGACAGUGAUGAUGAUGUGGAAGUUACUAUUGGUGACAUUAGAACUGGGGCUCCAUCUUGUAUGACAUCUGCUGGAAAUCUAAAUGUGAAAAGUUAUACUACAGCUGCUAAAUUUCAGCCCAAGGGAAUAGAUUUUUCUGCUCCCGGAUGUAUCAAUGGUUUGCCUGUUAUAGAAGUUGAUCUGGAUUCAUUUGAAGACAAACCUUGGAGGAAACCAGGUGCUGACAUUUCUGACUACUUUAACUAUGGAUUUAAUGAAGCCACGUGGAAAGUGUAUUGUGAAAAACAAAGGAGGCUUCAGAUGGGACUGGACACCGGCCAUCUGCAAAGCAGCCACGAAAACAAAAUAACUGUGCAUCAAGGUAGAACAGAAAAAGGAGCAGAAAAUGGAUGUUUAAAUGCAGAUCUGAAAUCUAACAUGUCUUUAUGCAGGCAAGAAAAAAUCUCAACCAUAACUUCUCCAAACAGGAAGAUAGAAGCAACAACGGAUGCAGUUGGUGGCGUGGUAUGUAAUAUCACCAGAGUGGAGGGCAGGAGAUGGGACAAUCAUGACUCUGAAGACAUUCCCAUUCAGGUUCUUGGCGACCAUGGAUACAAACCACAUGCUCCCAUACACCAUCAACAACCCCCUCCUCCUCUUCUACCACCACCUCCAAAUAUUGCUUCAAAUCCUCAUCCAUUCUCUGGACCGCCUCCUCCGCAUUUUUUUCAGAGGCCGCCUCUUCCUCCCCACCAGAUCACACCAUCCCUGCAGCCACCAGCUUUACUUCCCCCACCACUGGUGCCCCCUCCAUCUCUCCACAUUCAUCCUAUGAAUGGGCCCCACAUUCCAUAUAACAGUAGGCCACCUCAACAACGGCACAACUACAACUCCAUAGAUUCUCGUCUGAUUAACUACCAGCCAGCUGUCUCCACCGCACACAGCCCCUGGGUAACCAACAUUAACAAAGGCACAGGCAGCUUUGGAGGGAAUGAUUGGGCAUCACGGAGACAACGAGAGAGGGACUCUGACCGACCAAGGAACCUAGCUACCAAUAACUACAGGACGUGCGUCAACUCCUUAAAGACACUUCAACCUCUAGUCCUUCCAUGUGAAGAUCGAUACCCACGUUACCACAGAGAAAAAAGCUAUGAGCAUGAGAGAAAGUAUCGGCGCAGUGAGGAGCAUCCACGAGAUCGUAGCUGGGAGAGGGAGGAGAAACCUAGAGGGGAGCAGCGUCAACGAGACCGAGAGGAGAGCAGUAAACACAAGUCUUCACGCCACAAACAAGACAGUGAAGAGCGAGAAAGUCACCGGCGGCACAAACGUAAGAAAAGCAAGCGAGGGAAAGAAGAAAAGAGCAGCUCUGAAGAUAGAUCGGUAGCAACUAGACGCAGCCACCGCGAUUAGUCUCUUUACGACAAUUAACCGAACUUGGUUCAGGAGAAUGUACACUGUGGCAGCUUAAUAUUGUGUGUUGGAAAAGGUUCAAGGAAAACAUACAACUUUAGUACAAAAAUAACUUUACUACAAGGAUCCCAAGAUGGUCUGCCACGUUUAUUUUGGAGACUUUGAGUCUUCUGAAGGAUGGUCAAGUCUUCGUGUUGAUUUUUGCUUUUGUAUUGCUAGAGUUCCUUACAUCAUCAAGUUUUCUUAAGAAUACAUGAGGUUAGAA